UGUACUGAUUACGAUUUAAAUUAUUAUCAGAACGUAAUUGUUGUCAAAAGUGUUAGAGGAAGUUUUAAUUAAUAUUCCUAUCAAAUUUAUAAUCUUUUUUAUCUCCUUUUAGAGCUUGUAUAUCCAUUUAUCAAUAUAUAUCACAUAUAUUAAUCAUAAAACAUAAUUCAUUAAUAAUAAAUCAAAAUAUCAAAUAUAUAUAACAUACCAUGUCAAAUACAGUGUUUAUACAGACAGAUAAGAAGAAGAGGCUUGCCUUGGAUGUCAUAGGACAACUAGAAGAAGAUUUGGAACAAGAUCCAUUAGAUUAUGGUAAAUGGAAUCGAUUGAUUAAGCUGGUGGUAGCAAAAGAUAAAGAAGAACAAGUUAGAUCGGUUUAUGAUAAAUACCUCAGUAUAUUUAAGUUUGAUGGAAAUCAAUGGUGUAAUUAUAUUAAUUAUGAAUUAAGUAGAGAUGAAUUAGAGAAAGUUGAAACAUUAUUUCAAAGAUGUUUUUCUAUAACCGAUAGUGUUGAAUUAUGUCGAUUAUAUGUUGCGUAUGUACGUCGAGUAAAAGAUGUAAGAAUUGGAGGUGAAAAGGCAAGAGGAACUAUUAUCCAAGCAUUUGAAUUUGCUAUUGAUAAAGUUGGACUUGAUUUAUCUAGUGGUAAAUUAUGGAAUGAUUAUAUAGAAUUUUUAAAAGAUUGGACUCCAAGUGCAACAUGGGAACAACAACAAAAAGUUGACUUAAUAAGAAAAGUCUAUAAAAAAUAUCUUGUAAUUCCAACUGAUACUCUUGAAGCUGGCUGGGCUCAAUAUACAAAAUGGGAAAAUGAAGUUAAUUCGGUUACUGCUACUAAAUUUAUUUCUGAAAAGUCCGCCGAAUUUAUGCUUGCCAGAUCUUGGCUUACUGAAUUUCAUAACGUAACUGAAGCACUGUUAGAAAGAAAUAUUCAUUCUGGGACUAUUAGAGGACCAGAAUCUAGAGAAAUUGAAAAACAACUUGAAUAUUGGCUUAAAUGGGUAGAUCUAGAAAAGAAAAAUAUAUUGGAGUUAAAAGAUAAUUCACAAGUUGAAAAAAGAGUAGCUUAUGUUUAUAAACAAGCUACAUUUUCAUUACCAUUUAUUUCAGAAUUAUGGUUCAAAUAUAGUAAAUUUUUACUUAUAAGUAAUGAAGAAGCUAACUUGAGUAAAUGUAUUACAUUAUUAACAGAAGGUUUAAAUCUAAAUCCGAGAAGUUUAAUUCUUACUUUCCAAUUAGAUGAAUUACAUGAAAAAGAAAAUUCAUUUGAUUCAUCUAAAGAAGCAUUUAAUAAACUUAUUGAUCAUUUAGUGAAUGAUCAUAAGAAAAUUACUGAUCAAAUAGAUUUAAUUACAGGUUUAACAGCAUCUAAUGGAAAUAUUAAUGGAAAAAAUAUCAAUACUAAUAAUGAUGUGGUUAUGGAAGAUGAUGCAACACCAACUCCUGGACCUGGAGGUGAUGAUGACGACGAUGAUGAUGAUGUGAAUAACUUGGCAUCUCUCAGACCAGAAUUAAGUGAAGGAGAUAAAGCCAAAUUAAUAGAGCUUGGAAAAUUAAAAGAAGAACUUGAAUCAUCCAUAACUUUAGCAUAUGUUAAAUUUAUGAUUGCAUAUAAAAGAUCAGGUGGGAUUGAAGGAGCUAGAAAAGUAUUUAAACAAGGUAAAAAAUUUAAAAAUAUUGGAUAUCAAUUUUAUGUUGAGAAUGCCUUAUUAGAACAUUAUGUGGAUCAUAAGAAAAUUGCUGUGAAGGUUCUUGAUGUUGCCAUGAAAAAAUAUGGUACUAAUGGGCCAUUUCUAUUAGCUUAUUUAAAUUACUUAAUUAAUACUAAUGAUGUGGAUAAUAUUAGAAUCUUAAUUCAAACCGCAGAUACUAAUUUCUCCAAAGAAAUAGCUUCCUUAAAUGAAGAAUUACAAAAUCCUGAUUUAUCACAAUUUAAAAAGGAUCUGAUAACACAACAAGUUGAAAAGAAGAAAAGAUACCUUCGUAAAUUAUUAAAAUCAUAUAUUUCAUAUGCAACUAAUUAUUUAUCAUUAGAUGUUGCCCAAAGUUUUGCAAAUAAAUAUGAGCAAACUUUCCCUUCAGAUGAUCCAAUAGAGUUAUUUACUGACAGAUACAAAUUAGGUAAGUAUGACUUAAUUAGAAGAUUUGAAUUGAAUUCUGCACCUGAUGAAGAAGAUGAUGAUGAUGAAAUACAACCACUUAAAAAGAAGAGAAGAGCUUCUAAAACUUCAGAAGAGUCCUUCUCUAUUCCAGAUGGAGAUUCGGGAUCUCACAGAAAUAGUAUAUUUAAUAAUGGUGCUUUACCAGGUCAAAAAGAAGAGAAAUCAUUUGUGGGUCCAACCAUAGUCACUCUUUUAGAAGUCUUACCUAAUGCUUCUUAUUUUGGUCCUGCCUCACAGAGUGUGUUUAAAAGCGAUAAAUUGGUUAAAUUGUUUGCCAACCUUCCUAAUAUAGAUUAAGUUAUAUAUAUAUAUAUAAUAAGUAAUAAUACAUGGUAACAAUUUUUUUGCA